AUGAGAGCCCUCAGCCUUGCUUUCAAGAAGGCAUCAAGCACUGCUCCCGUUACUCCGCCGCAGUCACGCUUGUUUUCCUUCGUGAAGCAUCCAAGAGGAUUUCUCACGAGCACUUUAAGGCGUCCGAUGGACCUACACAAAACAAGUUCCUCAAACGACCUACACAAAACAAGUUCCUCAAACGACCUUCACAAAACAAGUUCCUCAAACGACCUUCACAAAACAAGUUCCUCAAACGACCUACACAAAACAAGUUCCUCAAACGACCUACACAAAACAAGUUCCUCAAACGACCUUCACAAAACAAGUUCCUCAAACGACCUACACAAAACAAGUUCCUCAAACGACCUACACAAAACAAGUUCCUCAAACGACCUACACGAAACAAGCUCCUCAAACGACCUUCACAAAACAAGUUCCUCAAACGACCUUACACAAAACGAGUUCCUCAAACGACCUACACAAAACAAGUUCCUCAAACGACCUACACAAAACAAGCUCCUCAAACGACCUUCACAAAACAAGUUCCUCAAACGACCUUCACAAAACAAGUUCCUCAAACGACCUUCACAAAGCAAGCUCCUCAAACGACCUUCACAAAACAAGUUCCUCAAACGACCUUCACAAAACAAGCUCCUCAAACGACCUACACAAAACAAGUUCCUCAAACGACCUUCACAAAACAAGUUCCUCAAACGACCUUCACAAAACAAGCUCCUCAAACGACCUUCACAAAACAAGUUCCUCAAACGACCUACACAAAACAAGCUCCUCAAACGACCUUCACAAAACAAGUUCCUCAAACGACCUACACAAAACAAGCUCCUCAAACGACCUACACAAAACAAGUUCCUCAAACGACCUACACGAAACAAGCUCCUCAAACGACCUUCACAAAACAAGUUCCUCAAACGACCUACACAAAACAAGUUCCUCAAACGACCUUCACAAAACAAGUUCCUCAAACGACCUACACAAAACAAGUUCCUCAAACGACCUUCACAAAACAAGUUCCUCAAACGACCUUCACAAAACAAGUUCCUCAAACGACCUACACAAAACAAGUUCCUCAAACGACCUACACAAAACAAGCUCCUCAAACGACCUUCACAAAACAAGUUCCUCAAACGACCUACACAAAACAAGUUCCUCAAACGACCUACACGAAACAAGUUCCUCAAACGACCUUCACAAAACAAGUUCCUCAAACGACCUACACAAAACAAGUUCCUCAAACGACCUUCACAAAACAAGUUCCUCAAACGACCUUCACAGAACAAGUUCCUCAAACGACCUUCACAGAACAAGUUCCUCAAACGACCUUCACAAACACAAGCUCCUCAAACGACCUUCACAAAACAAGCUCCUCAAACGACCUACACAAAACAAGCUCCUCAAACGACCUACACAAAACAAGCUCCUCAAACGACCUACACAAAACAAGCUCCUCAAACGACCUACACAAAACAAGCUCCUCAAACGACCUACACAAAACAAGCUCCUCAAACGACCUACUCAAAACAAGUUCCUCAAAUGCUGCAGCCCUCUGACGCGCCCUUCUCUUCGCAUCGCCAUGUGCACCGCUCCUCUGCGACUCCUACAUGA